AUGGCUGAUGCCAUCCAUUCUGUUCUGACCGAAAAACAUGGUACCAAGCAUGGUCUUUAUAUAUGGCACAUGCUUAAUAAUAUCAAGUCAAAUAUGACCUCUAAGCUUGGACUAAAGUAUGCUGAGUUUCAUAAGGAUCUUGUUAAGUGUCUUAAUUAUUGCAUCGAUCGAAAUGAGUUUGAGGAGCAAUGGAAUCGUAUUGUGGAAAAUGACGACUAUGCUAAAGCAAGAUCAUAUUUAAACAUCCUUAGUCAGUGGCGUGAGCGUUGGGCUCCAGCAUACCUCAAGGACUAUUUUUUUGCUGAUAUGUCAUCAACACAAAGAGGAGAGUCGAUGAACAAAUUGUUAAAGGGCUUCCUCGACAGCAAAAUCAGACUCACAGAAUUUCUUGCGGCUUUUGAACGGGCACUUGAUCGUUGUGAAGAGGCUGAGCAUAUUGCUACAUACAAGAAGCUCGUUUACCCCAUCCGUUUGACUUCCCAAAAUUCUAUAGAAAAUCAAGCCAUUAAUUAUCUGACACGGUAUGCUUGGAAGAAAUUCGCGGCUGAAUGGAAUGCCAAAGAUGCAUACGCAUGCGAAGAAAUAACAAACAACAAUGGAGUGCGUCAUUUUAAAUUAUCACGCUAUGAAAGGCCUAACAUUAUAUGCUGGGUAUACUAUAAUGACUGUAUACUUACUUGUUGCUGUCGUAACCUUGAGUUUGCCGGAAUAAUUUGUCGCCAUUCUCUUGCAGUUGUACUUGCAAAAGAUUAUGUCAACUUUUAUAGCCACUCACAAUCGCAAGCUCCGGAAACUCCAACAUCGUAUGAAUCAUCCAGUGAAAGUGUCUCUCAACUCCGGUAUAUGCGUAUCCAUCGACUUUCAGGGGAAAUUGCAAGCAAGAUUGCAACCAACCCUGAUAAGUGUGUAGAUUUUAUGUCGUACCUCAAGAAGUACUUAGAGACACUAUAUGUCGACGAUGCUGUUUCAACUUCUCACGAGAAUGCGUCAGCAUCCUCGAAACAUCCAAUAAUCAACAAUCCUAUCAAGAGUAAGGCUGUUGGACGACCAAAAAAAGGAAGAAUCAGAUGUGAAAAAGAGAAUACAACCGCAGCUGCUGUGAAAAGAAAGCGAGGUCGACCAAAAGCAAAUCCUGAAAAGAGCCUAACCCAGAAUCAAAAUGAGAAUACUAAUCUAAAACAGCUACGAAAACGCGCUC